UCUUAAAAUUCAGGACCACUUUUUGGAGGUUAGGUAAUCGACGAGGCCAUAAGAACAGGACAUGGAAGGUUCUUUCUUGCGCCGGAGAUGGUGUACAAAGGAUUCUGGUCAGCAAAGCGCUGGCCAAAGAAGCUACAGUAUGUGCUCUCUCCUCGCAUAGCGCACAACGCACAGGCAAUGCCGUUGCCUUUCCUCUGGCCUCUCACGAGCCCCAGAUGCAUUCAAGGGGAUCCCGUGGCAGCAGUACGGACAAUUGGGCGACAGGACAGGCUGCGGGGCGCGGGAUGUCCAGGUACUACUGGAGAGAGUUACGAGACCUUGUCUCCAUUUCCGGAGAAGUGCCCAGCCGAUCUGCAAUCAGUCUCAGAUUCCUGAGCUUGCAGCAGCACAGCUUGUUUGUGCAGCCCUGGUGCGCUCUGGGGUCUGCUUUCGACCUUCAUGAUGGCAGAAUGGCCCGGAGGAAACACGCGGACGAGUACGAGCGAAAGGAAGCGAGACUCGAGAACGACCAGAUGGGGAACCAAACAACGAGCUGCUUCUUUUGGCCCUGGAUCGGAAUCUCGAUUGGUGAUGGGGAUAGUCCGGAGCUGCUGCACAAAAGACCGCCCGACUUUCGCACUUUGCCACCGCAUGAAUUGAGGCUUUUGGCUUCCUAUCCUCUCUUGGCAGCCGCCUUAGUAAUCCUGGGGGGGGGGGGGGGGGGGGGGGGACCCUCAGCAAUCUGUCCCCGUACACUCUACAGUACAAAAGCAAUUUGGUUCCCCCCUUUGCAGGGACUCGUUCGAAUGGUUUGGGCUAUCGUUUUUUUAACCGAGUCCGUGACGACAUGACCAAACGGGUUUUACCGAAUCUUACUGGAGCGGAUUUUACGGGAUAGAAACGUUUCCGCGCGGCUCCCUUGCUGAGACUUGUCUAUGUUCUGGAUACGGAGAAGCUUUUUGGUCCGCAGAGACAAGGGAGAG